GGUAACUCAUCCUCUGCAAUUCCCGCUAGAUAUAUCCCUCGAACUCGCACAUGCGAUUACGAUUUCGAUUUGCAAAUUGAGAGAGAAAAUUAGAUGGUUUUCGAUUUUUCUCCAGCUCUCGAUUUCAAGGAAACCUUUCACACCAUUUGAUCACAAGGGCUUGUUAAUUCGUAAUAAUCUGCUUCUUGAUCGCUGGCAGUAUAUGCGCAAGGGUUCAGAUUUUCUGUUUCUCAUUCGUUGCUGAAGUGGGAAUAUCAGUAUUAUUACUUUAGCCUGUCGUAGUUGUGAUUGGUGUUGAGGGGAUUGUUUUUUUUGCACAAGUAUAGUAUUUUUUAUGAUAUUGAGAAGAUUGAGCUUAAAUUACAAUUGUAUAUACUAGUUAGGCCUGGCUCUGGAGAGCUACUUGGACUCUGGCCGCCAGGGAACGGUGCCUUCAAUGGCCCCUUCUCGGGUGGCUGGAGGGUUAACCCAUUCUUCCUCGAGUUCUGGAAUUUUCUUCCAAGGAGAUGGGCAGUACCAGACUGUUGUUAAUUCUCAUUUGGGUUCAUCAUUUGGAAACUCGCCUAACUCUAUUCCCACAACUGGACGUCCCAAUCUAGGUCUUCUUUCUGGGGAUCAGAACAAUGCAAUGUUGAAUAGUGUGGCAAAUUCAGGACCAAGUGUGGGUGCUAGUUCUUUGGUUACAGAUGCAAAUUCUGCACUUUCUGGGGGUCCUCAUCUGCAGAGAAGCGCGAGCAUCAAUACUGAGUCAUAUAUGCGGUUACCAGCAUCGCCAAUGUCAUUUUCAUCCAAUAAUAUAAGUGUUUCAGGUUCAUCAGUUGUUGAUGGGUCCUCUAUAAUACAGCAGGGAAAUCAUCAAGACGUGUCUGCUCAACAUGCGCGGCAGGGUCAGCAGCUGCAACAACUAGGGGUUUCCGGUGCUACGUCAUUGCCCACAUCACAAAGUGGCCAAGUUGCACUACCCAUGGGCCAACGGGCCCCUGGGUCCUUCAUUUCAGAUCCUAACAAUAUUACCCAGGCACAUAAGAAGCCACGAUUGGAUAUUAAGCAAGAAGAUAUCAUGCAACAGAUACUGCAGAGGCAGGAUUCCAUGCAGUUGCAAGGCCGCAAUCCACAGUUACAAGUGCUGCUUCAGCAGCAGAGACUGAGGCAACAGCAGCAGAUUCUGCAGUCCAUGCCACAAUUGCAAAGAACCCAAUUACAGCAACAACAGCAGCAGCAGCAGCAGAUGCAGUUGAGGCAGCAAAUGCAACAACAAGCCAUGCAGCCAGUAUCUGCUAUGAAGCGUCCUGAUGGUGGUAUAUGUGCCCGUAGGCUUAUGCAGUACCUAUAUCAUCAGCGGCAACGGCCACCAGAUAAUUCUAUUGCCUAUUGGAGGAAAUUUGUUGCUGAGUACUAUUCUCCUCGUGCAAAGAAGCGAUGGUGCUUGUCCUUGUAUGACAAUGUUGGUCAUCAUGCUCUUGGUGUUUUUCCCCAGGCAGCUAUGGAUGCAUGGCAGUGUGAAAUCUGUGGCUCUAAAUCUGGAAAAGGAUUUGAGGCAACCUUUGAAGUGCUUCCACGACUCAAUGAAAUCAAAUUUGGCAGUGGUGUGAUCGAUGAGCUUUUGUUUUUGGACUUGCCACGCGAAUACAGAUUUAUGUCGGGAAUAAUGUUGUUAGAAUACGGAAAAGCAGUUCAAGAGAGUGUGUAUGAGCAACUUCGUGUUGUUCGUGAGGGUCAGCUCCGAAUUGUAUUCACCCAGGACUUGAAGAUACUGUCAUGGGAAUUUUGUGCGCGGCGCCACGAAGAACUUUUCCCCCGUAGGUUGGUUGCUCCCCAGGUGAACCAGUUGCUUCAGGUUGCUCAAAAGUGUCAGAGCACGAUUGCUGAAAGUGGAUCUGAUGGGGUUUCUCAGCAGGACUUGCAAACAAACAGUAAUAUGGUCUUGACAGCUGGUCGUCAGCUUGCAAAAAGUAUGGAGCUCCAGUCAUUAAAUGACCUUGGUUUCUCCAAAAGAUAUGUCAGGUGUCUUCAGAUUGCCGAAGUCGUGAACAGCAUGAAAGAUCUAAUUGAUUACUGCAAGGAACACAAAGCUGGACCUAUUGAUGGUCUGAAAAAUUAUCCUCGACAUGCCAGUGCAGCUAAGCUCCAGAUGCAAAAGAUGCAGGAAAUGGAGCAGCUAGCAAAUGCCCAGGGUCUGCCAACUGACCGAAAUACCCUCAACAAAUUGAUGGCAUUGCAACCUGGAGGAAACAACCAUAUGAGCAACAACCAUCAGAUGGUUGGUAGGGGUGCUUUAAGUGGUUCAGCACAGGCUGCUCUGGCACUGACUAAUUACCAGAAUAUGCUCAUGAGGCAGAAUUCAAUGAGUUCAAAUCCCAACUCACUUCAACUAGAGGCAUCAUCAUCUUUUAAUAGUACCAACCAAACUCCAACUUCAAAUUUCCAAGGAACCACUGCUUUCAUCUCUGGGUCAAUGCAGAACUUGCCUGGUAGUGGCUAUUCAAGCCCCCAUCUAACUUCACAGCAGUCGCAGCGUUCAUUGGGUGCUAAUAACCUUCUCCAGCAGAACCAUUCGCCAUCUUCCCAAGGCAGCCAGGUCUUACAACAGCAGAUGAUACAGCAAAUGCUACAAGAGAUGUCCAGUAACAAUGGUGCAGGUGUCCAGCAGCAGUCGAUUGUGGGACAGAGUACAGUGAGAAGUGGAAUGGGAUGUGGAAACAAUAAUUCGGCAGCAACCCCUAGUGUGUCAGGAGGAGCUGUGCGUCCUGCUCCCAGCCGGAGCAACAGUUUUAAAGCUGGUUCAAAUAGUGAUUCUUCUCCUGCUGGUGGCAAUAAUGGAUUUAACCAGCGAGCAUCAGACUUGCCUCAGAAUCUCCAUUUGCCGGAGGAUAUUGCUCAAGAUAUAGCCAAUGAAUUCACAGAAAAUGGUUUUUUUAACAGUGACCUUGACGAUAAUAUCGGAUAUGGCUGGAAGGCAUGACUAACAUUGCUGGGUCUACUUAUUGGUGUUCUUUAGUCAGUGUUAGUCAUACAUCUUUGUACAGAAUAUUUGGAGUAGCUGUCUUUUCUUUUCCUUCUCUUUAAAAAAAAAAAAAAAGAAGAUCCUCAGUAUAUGGAACCUGUGUUGACGUUGAGACAUUUGUGCCUCACUAGGUUUUCCGUUUUUUUAAAAUCCUUUUUGAGUUUUUUUUUCCUCCUGUUUUUGGGUCUAGUCUUGCAAGUGUAAUCUAUUGGACAAAAACCUGAGAACUGUUUAAGUAAGUUUGGUCCUAAUAUGAUUUGAAUGGUUCAUUCUCCU